CGUCAAGCCCUGCCCCCACCCAGCUCGUUCUUCUUCCGCAUUGUAAAUCCAAAUUUCCCCUCCACCCCCGCGUUCUCUCCACCCCAGCUCGUUCUUCUUCUUCACGGCUUCACCCCUCCGCCUGCAUUCUUGCUGCCGACAUCAUCGCCCGUCUUGUACUUCCACCGUCGUCUAGGACCGCCGACAAGGAUAUGGAGGUAAGCUCGGUGCAACAUCAUCAAGGGGAUGAAGAAGAAUUCGUUUUGCUUGAUCUCAACAGUGUUUCUGGGCAACUUGACAUCCCGUCAAAUGCACCAUAUGUUCUCUCUGGCCUGGACACAUUGAAUCCAGUAUUAAUUAUUGAUGACAAAUUGAAGUUGAUAGGUGAAUAUGAAGAAACAAUUGGCACAUGCUUGGUUUUCACGGAAGAAGGUGAAUGGUUUUGGUUCCUUGUAACAUGUCAUACUCGGUUUGUUUGCCAAGAAGUUAAGAGGGAUUCAGAAUUUCCCCCCACUUCCAUUAAUUCGAAACAUAUCUGCCUUUAUUACCUUGGUCGAGCCCCCAUAUGACAGAGGAACUAGAAGUCACAUUGAUCUCUGGCUAAGGAUGUGUGCUAAAUCCGCUUCUCUUUGCAGAUACUACCCCAGUGGUUCACGAAGAGACAGGACCAUCCGAAGCAAACCUUUUCUCAGGAAAAUGUAUAAUAGAUCCAAAUGGAGCGCCAAGCAAGGGUGUAAAACCAGUGGCACGGCUUCAUAAGAUUCUGAAGUUUAGAUUGGCACCUGAUGCUGACAAUCAAUUUG